AUGGAGCGUUGCCACUCGCUGGAUGGGACCACGGUUCCCAAUUUUGGGCGGCGGUUGGCGGCCAGUUCCGAGGGCGAGGUCGAGGACUUCAUGUCAGAGGUCGUAGGGACCUCGGUAGUGCCGGCGCCGAUGCAAUGUUGUUUUCGAUUAGAAUCUCCUAGUCGAGUGUCGCUGCGUCUGUUUCUGACGGUGGCGUUGCAAUGUGUAUCACGCCUGGCUGAACACCCGCGAUGGCGCGACCCGCGGGCUCCAACGCCGGUGCCGAGAGAGGGGACGAUGGACCCGACCAAGUUGCCGCUGUUGGUGGCGAAGGAGCAGAUCCAGUUCUACGCGUGUGCGCCACGUGUGCAGGUUCGACUAGAUGACGCAGCACGCUACGCCGCUCUCGUACCCGGCGACUGGAUCGCCAAAGACUGGUGGACCGUGGACCCUGCCUCAAGCCGAGUGCCCGGUAGUCCGGUCUCAAGCCGAGUGCCCGGUAGUCCGGUCUCAAGCCGAGUGCCAGGUAGUCCGGUCUCAAGCCGAGUGCCGGGUAGUCCGGUCUCAAGCCGAGUGCCGGGUAGUCCGGUCUCAAGCCGCGGUGUAGGACGGUGCCCGUCGGAGCGGCACGCAGUGGCGUUGGCGCAGGCUGCGUUGUUGGACUUGGCGCGUACAGUGCGUGCGGGCGAGGCCACUCGAUGCGGUCCCCCGGGGUAUCAGCAGGAGGACUUUUUACAGAGUCUCCGGCGGUCGUUGGGGACAUUCCAGCAGUUGGCAACGGAGUUGGCGCGCGCCUUUCUGUGGCAGGUCCCGCUCGGCCAGGACGCAGAGGAGACGUUGAAUGCCCAGGAGGUCGGAUUCGAACGCCUGACCCAACGGUACUGGUUCGGACUCUGUCGCCCGAUGCUUGAACGCUACCCUUCGCGUCAAAUCGGCACACUUCGCACGGAAUUGCACGCGUGCGCGCACUGCACACCGAACGCCUGGGCAGACUUCACUGCCGUCGACGGAUGCCUCCACAGCCGCUGUAACUCCGUCGGCUGCUGGCGCACCGGCGCCUGGCUCGAGGAAGCCACGAAAGCCGCCAGCCGCGUUCGCGCAGCGGCCCUUUCUCAACACGUCAGCACCGCCCAACUGCCAUGGGGCGCCACCUGGUUGCCCUGGCGCCGUCAUCGCCUCUUCGCCCACACUUCGGACCGCGUCUCCCACGGGGACUCGACUUCCCACUCCGACCUGGUUUCUCACUGCGACCUUGGUGCCUACUCUGACUCAGUUUCCGCAGCCGGGUUCGCCCCCGAGAUCUGCGGAGACGGGGUCUGCGCGCCCGGUGUCUGCGUGCCCGGGGUCUGCGACCCCGGGGUCUGCGACCCCGCGGCCGGGGCAGAGGCGGGGGAACAGAGGUACGUCUGUCGUGCGGCAGACGACCGGAUCCGGCAUGGACGCGUGAUCAGUCUACGCGCGUUAGUAGCUGGUUGUCGAUUGACGCGUGAGUUGGUAGACAGUUUGCAGCGUGCCGCGCGCACAUAUUGCAAACGCGCCGCAUGCUUGGCACGGAAGCGCGGAACGCGACCGGGUACCGGUUGGUACGUAGGUUGCUACGACCAGGUCUACGUUACCCUCGAGUUCGACCGACAAGACUGUCUCAUUUGCGCCGGGUCCCAUCCACUUCUUGGCGUCAAGACAAAACUCGGCCUUCUCCUAACACCUGAAUGUCUCAAAGCCUCUUCCGAAGAAGAGGCCGAAAGUAGGGAAGCUGCCUUCUUCGAACGCGUCCGCACCGAUGCCUGCUGCCGAGAAUACCUACCCCCCGAAGACACCCCGACCACUCACUGCAGCGCCUCUCGCCUAUGUUUUUAG